CAAUAGACAAACAAUAGUGCGGCUUUUCUUGUAGUUUUAUUGAAAAGUGUUUUCUAUAUUAUCUUUUUUUUAAAGUUUAGUUAAUUGAUUAAAAAUGAGUCGAAAAGAAGCUUUAUCAUCAUUUAUUCAACAAAUUCAUGGACGCCCAGUUGUUGUGAAAUUAAAUAGUGGUGUUGAUUAUCGAGGUGUAUUAGCUUGUUUAGAUGGCUAUAUGAAUAUUGCUUUGGAGCAAACUGAAGAAUACGUGAAUGGACAAUUAAAAAAUAAAUACGGAGAUGCAUUUAUCCGAGGCAAUAAUGUUUUAUACAUUAGUACUCAGAAAAGGAGAAUUUAGAGUUUAUUUUUAUUUAUUUGAAUAAUUAAUUCAGAAUAA